UGAUGAAGCAUAAGAUAUUACAGUUUUUAAUGUCCCGUUGGUAAUCUAACUCGUACAUCUUCAAUUUUAUUUUCCAACGAUUGCAUGUUAGCUAGUAGAAUGGAAGGCAGUGUUUUUUUCCGAUCACCUACGAAUUCUCAGUAGGCAGCCCGAUCUCCGUGGAAUAGUGGUGAGGUUUUAGUGGGUGCAGUAUUAGUUGGUAGGACAAUUUUUUCAGUGUAAAGAUUUAACAUAACAGUAGGAUGAUACACAGCCAAUACAGUCGGUGGCGGCAUGCACUUAUAACAUUUGUUUGUUGACCGCCAUAAUACCAAAUAAGGAUUAUGGAAAAAUAAGAAGAAGAAGAAAAAGAAGAUGAGGAGGAGGGUGUAGGUAACGGGCGUGGGAAAGAUUUUUGCUCGAGCUCCUGCACAUGCGUCGUGACUUGUGAAGCUUCAGUCUGUGUCAUAGCAACCGGAGAGGACAACAUGGCAAAACCAACAACCAUAAAAGAAGCCCUUGUGAAAUGGGAGGAGAAGGCAGGAGAGAAGGUGGGGGAGGCGAAAGCAGUCAAGCUGUAUGGUCAGAUUCCUCCUAUUGAGAAGAUGGAUGCUUCUCUCUCCACCCUCAUCAACUGCGAGAAAUUGUCCCUGUCUACAAACUGCAUUGAGAAAAUUGCCAACUUGAAUGGCCUCAAAAACCUACGGAUAUUAUCACUAGGGCGGAACAACAUCAAAAAUCUAAACGGACUGGAGGCUGUUGGUGACACGCUAGAGGAACUGUGGAUUUCCUACAACCUGAUAGAGAAGCUAAAAGGAAUUCAUGUUAUGAAGAAGCUCAAGGUCCUCUACAUGUCUAACAACCUGGUCAAGGAGUGGGCUGAGUUCGUGAAGCUAGCUGACCUUCCAUCCUUAGUGGACAUGGUGUUUGUUGGAAACCCCCUGGAGGAGAAGUACUCCGCUGAGGGGAACUGGCUAGAAGAGGCCACCAAGAGGCUGCCCAAGCUGAAGAAACUAGAUGGGAACCCAGUGAUCAAGGCGGAUGAUGAUGACGAGGGAGACAGUUAACACAUUCUAUUUAAUCUCUUACAGUUUACAGAUUGUUGUUUUUAAAAUAUUUUUAUUGAAA